CAGACGCAAGGUCCUCACUAAUUAUUUUCCGUGUUUAAAAUCGAAUAAAUACCGCGCUUCUAUUGCCAUUUGAUAUUAUUCUCUCAGAGACGAUUCAAGCGUCUAGUACAACAACAAUCAUCAUGCGUCUGUUCAGCAAAGUUAUGCUCAUCGGAGUCGUCGUGGUUUUAACGAAUUUUCAAGGGACGCGUUCAUUCACGCUCGACCGCAACGUGGACAAUCACGAUUCACUUGAGAAUACCACAGAUGGCCCAUUCGUUGUAGAUAGUCUUGAGCACGAUCAAAACAGAACCUCAACGGAAGACGAUCGUAUCGACAGCGUGGAGAGCUUGAAGAAUCAGACAUCAGUAGAAGAUGUUACCAACGAUUCUUUGGAAAUGGUGGCUAGUUCAAUCAAUCGAAACGUCGUCCCAAUUGCCUCUAGCCAGGAUAACGGCCAGCUAUUUGAUUUCGAUUCUGUGGAAGACGUGACCGUCGGGCAGAGUGUUGACACUCCGGACAUCUCUAACGAAAUAGAAACCACAACAAUCGACGAUGAUCUUUUCGAUGACCUGGUGGACAGCAUGGAAACGGUGAAGAACUCGACAGAAGAUCUUGCUGAUGACAAUGUUUCGCUGGAAAAAAACGAUAAAUUGUUGGAACGUGUCGCCCUACGUGAAGUAUCGGUUUUCAACCAUCUGCCCGUCAUCCGCGUAUUUAGCCAUCCAUCAACGCGUUCGUUCACGCUCGACCGCAACGUGGACAAUCACGAUUCACUUGAGAAUACCACAGAUGGCCCAUUCGUUGUAGAUAGUCAUGAGCACGAUCAAAACAGAACCUCAACGGAAGACGAUCGUAUCGACAGCGUGGAGAGCUUGAAGAAUAAGACAUCCGUAGAAGAUGUUACCGAUGAUUCUUUGGAAAUGGCGGGUAGUUUAAUCCAAAGAAACGUCGUCCCAAUUGCCUCUAGCCAGAAUAACGCCCAGCUUUUUGAUUUCGAUUCUGUGGAAGACGUGACCGUCGGGCAGAGUGUUGACACUCCCGACAUUUCUAACGAAAUAGAAACCACAACAAUCGACGAUGAUCUUUUCGACGACCUCGUGGACAGCAUGGAAACGAUGAAGAACUCGACAGAAGAUCUUGCUGAUGACAACGUCUCGCUGGAAGAUAACAAUAAAUCGUUGGAACGUGUCGCACUACGCAGAGUAUCGGUUUUCGACCAUCUGCCCGUCAUCGGCGUGUUUAGCCAUCCAUCAUCGGACGACCUCUACAUUGCGAAGCAGUACAUGGGCGAUUAUUACGUUUGGGAAAUGGGAGACGAUUCUGCUAGAGAAUACUUCACGCAACCAGGCAAAGGUUUUCCGAAGGCUAAUUCUGAUUCACCCAUUAAAGUGAAGGCCGAUCAAUUCGCCGGGUUUACACCUGUGCGAUCUCUGCCUGAUCAACGGCCCAAGACUGUAGUUUAGAUGUUUACAUGUUU